AUGAGGUACACAUCUCUCCUGCCCAUCGUGGCAACAAUCGCCGUCGCCUUUGUCAUCCCGGACGAGGCGACCGCGCAGCAGCUCGCCCUCGAGCCCGAGGCCGAGCCGCCGCAGGCCCCGUCCUCCUCAUCUUGGUGGGACGCGCUCCCCAGCUUCGACGACCUGCGCUCGACGGCCGAGGACACCCUCUCCAGCGCCGCCGACGCCCUCGAGCGCCAGGCGAGCAAGCUGAGCGACCUGCUGCCCGAGGUUGAGCUCACGACCGAAUCCGAGUACGCCGACUUCCUGGGCCGCGGCCACGUCGGCAGGCCCGGACACCACGGCUCGACCAACCUGACCGUGUACCAGGCCAUCCAGGCGUCCAACUACACGCGGCGGUUCGCCGCGCUCGUCGACGACUACUCGGACCUGGUCGACGUGCUGAACAGCACCAAGGCCAACGUCACCGCCUUCGUACCUGUGGACAAGGCCUUCGAGCGUAUUCCUGACCAUGGGAAGAAGCCGCCGAAGGAGUUCAUCGAGAAGGUCAUCGAGUACCAUAUCGUGCCCGGCUACUACCCCGCCGGUCGAGUGCUCGCGCACCAUACCCUGGCGACGGCGCUGAAGAGCGAGGAGCUCGGGGACAGGCCACAGAGGCUGCGGGUCAGCCUGAGUCUGUUCGGUGUCAGGGUCAACUUCUACAGCAAGGUGAUCAUGGUGAACCUGUUCUGCAAGAACGGCAUCGUCCAUGGCGUCGACAAGAUCCUCGUCCCGCCACCCCCGGCCGAGAAGCUGAUCUCGCUCUUCCCGUCCAAGUUCUCCACGCUCGAGCUCGCGGCCGAGAAGACGGGUCUGCACCACCACCACGAGUCCUCCGAAUCGCACCACAAGACGACCGGCCUGACCAUCUUCGCGCCGACCAACUGGGCGUUCCGCAAGCUCGGCCCCGCGGCCAACGCCUUCCUCUUCAACACGGACAAGGGGCUGGGCUACCUGAAGGCGCUGCUCAAGUACCACAUCAUCGUCAACGAGACGCUGUACUCGGACGCGUACUACGGGCAGGAGAAGAAGGACGACAACGACAACAACAAGGAUGCCGAGCUCGCUCUCGACGUCGAGAAGGAUAUUGAAGGAGAGGAAGAGGGCGAGGUCGACGAACAAGGCGCCAAGCACUACCACCUCGACCUGCCGACCCUGCUCGACGACAAGAGCCUCGCCGUCGACGUCGCGCGCUGGUACGGCUUCAUCUCGCUGACCAUCAACGGGCACGUCAAGGUCGCCAUCCAGGACGGCGUCGCCAAGGACGGCGUCGUGCAGGUCGUUAACUCGGUGCUUAUCCCGCCGCACAAGCACCACCAGCACGAGGACGCCUGGAAGGGCGAUGAGAGCGAGGAGAUCAGUGUGGAGGAGCUGAUGGAGCGGCUGCAGCCUUUUGUGGAGAGUGAGGGUGAGAGUGUGAGCGUGGUUGAGGGGGUGAAGGACAAGGUCAGGGAGACGUUGGCUUGGGGUGAGUUGUAA